UCAUUAUCUUUAUGGAAGAAUAUUUCUUCAAUUGAGAUUUCAAGCAUGUGUUUAUUUUGCAUCUGUCUUUCAAGCUAUGUCAUGUGGUAUCCAUUACUUAGCAUCUGUGUUCAUGGCUGUUACUCCUAACUUUGUAUGUGGGAUCCCUGGAAAUGUGAGUAGUGUUCUUUUCUACAACUCCUCUGAAUCAAGUAUAGAGGACGUCUGGACACUAUGGACAUCAACAGAAAAUUACAUUGUAGUCCAGCUGGAAAAUGGAGAAAUUUGGGAACUUAAUCAAUGCAGCAGGUCCAAACGAGAAGUCAGUUUAGGUCUGCAAUAUGAAUACAAAGGCAACAAGUCCGUAUUUUCUUGUUCUGAUGGAUUUCUCUAUGAUGAUACAAAGUGGAGGAGCACUGUUGUUACGCAGUGGGAUCUGGUCUGUGACCGAGAAUGGCUUGCAAAAUUAAUCCAGCCUACAUUCAUGCUUGGAGUCUUGAUUGGAGCAGUGAUUUUUGGUGACAUUGCUGACAGACUGGGAAGACAGCGUGUUAUAUGGUUCACAAGUGCUGGACAGUUUGUAUUUGGCAUCGCAGUGGCCUUCACAUUUGACUACUACAGUUUUGUGAUUGUGCGCUUUCUUCUUGCUAUGGUUUCAAGUGGCUAUCUGGUUGUCGCUUUUGUUUAUGUGACUGAAUUUGUUGGCAUUAAAGCACGAACCUGGGCUUCUAUGCAUGUCCAUGCUUUUUUUGCUGUGGGAAUUAUGAUUGUGGCACUCGUGGGAUUUUUGGUUCGGACCUGGUGGGUCUAUCAGAUAUUUCUCUCUAUAGCGACUCUUCCCUUUGUCUUGUGCUGCUGGAUGCUCCCAGAAACACCUUUUUGGCUCCUGUCAGAGGAAAGAUAUGAAGAUGCACAAAAAGUAAUUAAUAUAAUGGCAAGAUGGAAUAAAGUAAGCACUCCCUGCAAAGUUUCUGAACUGUGCUCAGUCCAACAAGAUGACCUAGUCAGUGGUACAACGGGUGACAAUGACACGUCCUCAACAAAGAAGCACAACAUCUUAGACCUGUUUUGUAACUGGCACAUUGCAAGAAGGACCAUCACAGUCUGGCUGAUCUGGUUCACUGGGAGCUUGGGGUACUAUGUCUUCUCCCUCAGUUCUGUCAAUCUAGGAGGCAAUGAAUAUUUAAAUCUCUUUCUCAUAGGUGCUGUGGAGUUGCCUUGCUAUAUCAUUGCUUGCAUUGGGAUGGACAAACUGGGAAGGAGAAACACACUCAUUCCGUUCCUUAUUUUAAGUGCACUGAUCUGUGUUUUAAUUAUGUUCAUACCUCAGGAUUUCAAUAUAUUAAUUAUCUUAGCAAAUAUGGCUGGAAAAUUUUCAAUAGGUGUGGCAUUUGGCCUUAUAUAUCUCUACACAGCAGAAUUGUACCCAACAAUUGUAAGAUCACUUGCUGUUGGAAGUGGAAGCAUGAUGUGCCGUGUAGGAAGUGUGGUUGCUCCUUUCUGUGUGUAUCUGAGAAGUGUUUGGAUUUUCAUGCCACUUUUGCUUGUUGGAAUCAUGGCUCUUCUGAGUGGAAUAUUAACAAUAAUGCUUCCAGAAACACUGGGAAAACCAUUGACUAAUACUUUGGUGGAAGCUACAGAACUGGGAAGAAACAAGAAAAGCUGUUCAGAAAAGACUCCUCCAGCACACAGUGGUGCAGCAUUAGAAAAGAUAGAGAUGUUUGGUCAAGAAAUAGUCAGCACUGAGAAAUAAAGCAACAGCAAAAUGGCCGUUCUCAAUUUUAAUCAUUAUCUAAUUUAUAAGAUUUUUUUUAUUCAAAAAAUGUGACUGUUCUAUAAUAUCUGUGCCUUUUACUUUGUAUCCAGUCUUACCUUUUCAAUAGAGAAAGUAUAUAAAACCUUUUCCAUGUGACUGAAGUACUGCAGAAAAUUUGAAAGGAUUUCUAGAUCCCUUGUCAAACUUACCCAGACUUUAGAAAACCUAUUUGACUUGCUGUGACUAGUUGGAAUGAUUACUCUAAAUGUUGGAACCUACUUGAUUACACAUGUAAAAAAUAUGCCAAAUCUUUGCUUCACAUUUUCUGCAGUUGGAUUUGUAAACCCACCACAAAGUGCCCUGUCAGCUCUUGUCCUGUUGCAGCUGACAGUUACAGGCUUGAGACUUCAAAACAUGAUAAACUCAGACAGUUAUAAUUCAGGAGAGAAGCCUUAGCAUUGCAUCCAGUUAUAUCAAUAAUUUUAAAGUUAAACUAAUUUGUUCUUUUUUUUUUUUCAUGUUUCCUACUAGAAAAGGUGCCAUUGCUAA